AAAAACAUGUGAAGUUUAAAUUUGAAUAAAGAGAACGCAAACAACUCUUCUGUGUUCCAUUACAUGCUCAAAUGAGAAUCCCACGCGCCGCCAUGGAAGCUUUCAAAUUCUCCGCUCUGAUUUCAUGGAGAUCCACAGGUAAGCAGCAGCAGACGAUCGCUCGUUGCAUCGAGAAGACAGGGCGGGCGCUUCACUCCGGCGAUCUAUCGACGGUGAGAAUCUGGCCGGAGUUAGCCGGAACAGGAAGGUACUUCGAUUUCCGUUCACUUUUAAUUCCUGCCUCAAUUGAUUUUGCUGAAGAUUCGCCGCUUUGUACUACGCUUCGUAAGGAUGGACACAGUGUUCGAACUGUUGAGCAUUUGUUAUCGGCUUUGGAAGGGACCGGUGUUGAUAAUUGUCGAAUCGAGAUUAUGAAUUCUGGUUCUGAUGAUACAUCAGUGGAGGUACCCAUUUUUGAUGGGUCAGCUAGGGAAUGGGUGGAAGCUAUUGACCAAGUUGGGUUGACUGAUGCCAUGGAUUGCAAUGGCAGAAGUUGUGAUAGAGUAGCACCUUAUCUUACUCAACCUGUUCAUGUGUCAAAAGGAGAUUCUGUUAUAGCAGCAUUUCCUGCUAAUGAAACUAAUAUCAGUUAUGGAAUUGAUUUUCCGCAGGUAUCAGAUUUAAGCCUCAAGUGGUAUUCAUCAAGCUUUUGCACUGGCUCUUUUUAUUCUAAGCAAAUAGCUCCUUCAAGAACCUUUUGCAUUUAUGAAGAGGUGGAGAAAAUGCGUAGUGCAGGACUCAUUAAGGGUGGUUCUGCAGAGAAUGCUGUUGCUUUCAGUAUCAGUAAAGGUUUGCUGAAUCCACCUUUGCGUUCACUGGAGGAGCCAUGUAGGCACAAGGUUUUGGAUUUCAUUGGCGACGUCUCUCUCUUCGCCCGAAGGGGUAGUCAAGGGCUCCCAGUUGCAAAUAUCAUAGCUUUUAAGGGAGGACACUCAUUGCAUGCGGAAUUUGUUCGCAAGCUGUCAUCUACUUCUUAAACAAGAAUAAGGCAAGACCGCAUCCUUAUUUUUGAGUAUGUAUGCAAGAUUUGGCUUGCUUAUACGCGAUUGUAGUAUACGCAUGGGGGAACAAUAUGUUGAAAUUGUGCUUUUAGAAUCUGCUUGUGCACUUCUGAAAUAGUCUUUAUUCAGGAAAAUAGUCUUAGUCUUUAGGAAUUUGUUAGUCAAAACACCAUGCUUUGAGAUCUUGUUAUUUUUUAGUUAGUAUUAGAAAUCUGUUAUAAAUUCAGUGCUUCCGACUCUCUGCUUUUAAUGGAACAUCUUAUUCAGUUAUAUCGUUUU